AUGAAUAAUUUUACACGAGAAACAUUUCCCACUGGAAAUCCAGCCCACUGGUGGUACCUGGUGCCUUUUAAUCAAGACGGCAAAAGUUACUGGGUCACCCGCAACCAUUAUUGCGGCUUCAAUAGGCAAAUCACCACCGAGGAACAGAAACUUCAAAGAGACUGGCAAAGAAAAGCACCGGAAGAGACCAUGAAUGUCCUUACCAAGGGAUUUCAAAAUCAAUGGCCAACUAUCCAUGACAAGGUUGAGGUCAACGAUGGCGUCGAACCUGAGAAAUUCAAUAACUGGGCGAUUUGGUCUAAAGCUAUCUGGAGACAAAUAGCAGAGGAUCGAAGAGCUACAGGCGUCUCCCGUCCCCAGGCCGCCGCUACCAACUCUUCCAAUGGCCAUUAA